AGAAAUAAAUAAAAAUGGUUGCACAAGUACAAAAACCAGCACCAAACUUUUGUGCACCCGGCGUCAUCGAUGGUGAACUUGUAGAUAAAAUUUCACUCUCUGACUAUAAAGGAAAAUACGUUGUAUUACUUUGGUAUCCAAUGGAUUUUUCUUUCGUUUGCCCAACAGAAAUUAUUGCAUUUAAUGAUGCUCUUGAUGAGUUUCGUUCUUUGGAUUGUGAGGUGAUUGCAGCCUCUUGUGAUUCUGAAUGGGUUCAUUUUGCUUGGAUCAAUACAGAUCGUAAACAAGGUGGACUUGGACCAGAAACACAACUACCAAUAAUUUCUGAUAAAACAAGACGAAUAGCCAAAGAUUACGGUGUUUAUAUUGAAGAAAUGGGUAUUUCAUUACGUGGAUUGUUUAUUAUUGAUAGAAAUGGUAUUAUUCGUCAAAUUACUAUCAAUGAUUUACCUGUAGGACGAUCUGUGACAGAAACAAUUCGUUUAGUUGAGGCCUUCCAAUUCACUGAUAAGUAUGGUGAAGUAUGUCCAGUCAAUUGGCAAAAAGGAAGUAAGGCGAUCAUACCUGAUAAAGAAAAAGCAAAGGCCUAUUUUGCUGAUGAUGAUUAAAAUAAAAUAAUAAAAAUAAUAAAAAAAAAAAGAAAAAAAGAGAGAGGUGAGAAAGGAGAGGAAUAGAGAGAAGGG